AGAAUGAAGUUAGCAGAACAUGAGUAAAAGAGUGUUUGUAUUGUGGAAUUAAAUAACUAUAUUUUGUGAAUGUUAAUCUGCCUCAGAAUAGAAAAUAUAUUAAGUUUGCGAGUUAAUUCAUCGUCUCAUCAUUAAUCAAGAUGUCGUCCGAAAGUGACAGUGAUGAAGAAUUCGUACCAGGUGAACCUGAACAGGUUUCCGAAGAAGGCUCUGCUGAUGAAGAGACUGAUCUACAGUAUGAAAAAGAACAGGAAAUCAAGACUAAAAAACGAAAAGCUGCACAAGAAAGCAACAGUAACAAUAAAAGGAGAACUAGAAAUGCAGUAAAAGAACCCACACCUGAACCGGAAGAAAAGAAACCAGAGACAAAUCUAGAUCCUGUAGAAGAGAAGAAAAGAGAGGAAGAUCUAUGGGCUAAAUUCUUAGCAGGCACAGGAUCCGCUUCUAAAGCUCCUGCGAAAGAAACACCAGUGAAACAAGCAGAAAAAAGUGAAAUACCUAAUAAAGUGGCGGAACCUAAAGCACAAGCUAAAACAAAUAGUAUUCAAGAUGACAUAAAAGCUAGAGAGCAGAGGAUAUUCCAGUUUGCUGGUGAAACUAUUGUUGUUGAAAACAAUAUCAUCAAAGAGAAAAUUAAAACUGCAGAAGCUCCAGCUACAGUAAGCAAACUCAUCCCGCAACGGAGCCGCGGCUCGAGUGGCCUGGCCGACGUGCUCGGACAACUCAACAAGAAGAACAGCUUGUCCACGCUGGACAAGUCCAAGCUGGACUGGGAGACGUACAAGAAAGACCAGGACAUCAAUGAAGAAAUACAGAGUCACAAUAAGGGGAAGCAUGGUUACCUGGAGCGCCAAGACUUCUUGGAGCGCGCGGACCACCGUCAGUACGAGAUCGAACGCGACAUGCGCCUCAGCCGCCGCAGCAACCGAUAAUUGCAUGCCCUUUUACCUGGUACCCACGCUUACUUAAAUAAAUGUUAGUCGUAAAA